AUGGAAGACGUUAGUACAAUAAGGAAUGCAGCUACGAACACGCGAUUACUUCACCUUAAUGCUUCUACAUUAACGGAUCAGCAUGGUAAUUUACUUUUUAACAUGACUAAGUUACUGUAUAUAGUAUAACCUUAAGGUACUUACUUAUAGUAUUCUAGUAACGUCCCACAAAUCUGAUUUUUCAGAAUUUAACAAUUUUCAAAGUUCACUAUUCGCUACUGAUAAUAUUAAUCAUAACUUUACAGUACCUGAUCACGUACAUCAUGAUUAUAACUUUGCUAAGAAUGAUCUAGCUGACCCACUCAAUCACGCUUUCACAUUAUCUGAACAAAACUAUACAAUACCAGUAGAAGAUAACUGUGCUGUAAAUUGGCAAGAUCAACAAAAUAAUCCAAAGUCAGAUCAGACAAAGGAAAUCGACCGUAUCAAUACAGUAGAGUAUAUAAAUUACGGUUGUACAACAGAGGAUUGUGAUAUACCAUCAGUUUCUCAUAUAGAACAUAUUGGAUUUCAAAUUGAUGCCACUGAUAAUGAUAAAAAUGAAGUUUAUUGUUAA